CAUCUGUGAUCAAAAAUGGCGCUUUAUUUACUUUUUUGCGUUUUUCCGGCUAUCCGAUUUCUCUUUUUAUCAAAAAUUUCCAAAUUCCAAUUAUUAUUUAGUACGUUUCGCUGUUUCCGAAUAUUAUAUAAUGGUUAAUCCGACGACGUCGACGUCUACGACGGCUAGUGUGCCGACAACGCCUCCUGAGCCUUCUACCUUUACACUACAACACCGUCUGGCAUUAUUUGGCUUACCUCUUCCAAUCAAUCCAUCCAAUGAAACGACAGAUAUAAUCACUACUUUGAUAACCAAACUAGAAAACCAUGACGGUAUUUUGGCGAUAGCUUUCGCUCGCUCAACUCUAGAAAAAUUCUGUACCAGAAUAUUAUCGAUUUACAUCAGAGCAGAUGCGACUAAAAGCGAGAAAACAUACCACGACGCCUACAUGGCAUUGUAUAAUGACCGGAGAAGUGAUGGUCCUUUUGCUGAAGCUGCCCAAAGUAUUAGAAAUGCUUUCGCCACCGGCGCCAAAGACUUCGCCGAUGUAUGUACGUCGUUUUACAAACGCGCUUCUGAACUUAUCCACGAUCUCGCCCAGGUGUAUCACUCGUCGAACAGCACUGAAUAUUUAUUGAACCUAAUCACUCAUAUUCCGAAGUUGACCGAAGGCGAACGACAAAUGUUGGAGGCAAUAACCUCACUCAAGGAAAUGAAAUAGAAGUAUGGCUACUGCGAUGGAAUCAAUUAUAGCGAAGUCUUCGUUUUCUGAAUAGCGCAAUCGUUGGGAUUUAAUAGUUAAUUACACAUCUUCAUUUGUCUAAGUUGGAUUUUUUUUUUUUAAUCACUCAGUUUCCUUUAUCGCUUAAACCUUAUUCUUAUUUGUUAUAAUAUCAUCAAUAAAGGGUUUUUUCUAUUGUAA